AUGCAAGAACUAUACAAAAAAGUUAAUAAUUUUAUUCUCACUUUUACUCUAAAAAAAAAUGAAAAAGGAGAACCAUUCGGCUCAAUUGGGUUUAAAGAAAUUUCACAAGAGUUAGAGAAGGCAGGAAUCCACUUAGAAAAAAGCCAUUUAAUGGACUUUCACUCUUUGAACAAGUUAGGCGAAAAUCAAGAAAUAAUUACCUUACGCGGUAGACUAAAAAUGGGAGUCGCCUCGGGAACUAGCAUUAACGGAGAUGACUUUUAUCGUGUCCCUUUACAAGUUACUGAAACAGAAAAAAAUGGGCAAAAAAUUGAUAACCAAAGUCAAUCAGUUAUCAGUAAUUUAAAAGAAAAUCAAACCAUUACCGUUCACGGAAAUGUGGGUGGACGGGAUAACGGAUUAUUAAGAGUAGUUGAAUUUGAAACGGGAGACAGUGAAGAAGAUUUAUUUAUUUAG